AGGGCCCGGGCCUCGGACGCCGGCGCCUCCUCCCGCUAUUGUUCACCGGGCGGCUGCAGCGGCGGGCGCGGGAGCCCCGGCCCCGCGGCAACACCAUGACAACAGAGAAGAGUUUAGUGGCUGAGGCUGAAAAUUCACCACACCAACAACAGAAGGAAGAGGGUGAGGGAGCCACAAACACAGGCCAACAAGAAACUCAGCUGGGAGAGGCUUCUCAAGUGGCAGCUGAGGGAGAUAAUCAUUGUGAGCAGAAGCUAAAAGCAUCUAAUGGAGAUACUCCUACACAUGAAGACUUGAUCAAAAACAAGGAGCGGACAUCAGAAAACAGGGGCCUGUCACGGCUGUUCUCCUCAUUUCUCAAAAGGCCUAAAUCUCAAGUGUCUGAGGAAGAAGGCAAAGAAGUAGAGUCAGCUAAAGAGAAAGGUGAAGGAGAUCAGAAAGUGAUUGACUUUGGAACCAGUCUUGAUGAGGAGAUCAUUUUAAAGGCCCCAAUUGCCGCUCCUGAACCUGAACUCAAGACUGACCCAUCUUUGGAUCUCCAUUCGUUAAGCAGUGCAGAGACACAGCCUGCUCAGGAAGAACACAGAGAAGAUACAGAUUUUGAAACUAAGGAAGGAGGAGUUGAAGAUUGCUCUAAAAUAGAAGUAAAAGAAGAAAGUCCUGAGUCAAAAGCAGAAAGAGAACUAAAAGCUUCCCAGAGAUCAACCAGAAGACACAGAAACAUGCACUGCAAGGUUUCUCUGCUGGAUGACACAGUUUAUGAAUGUGUUGUGGAAAAGCAUGCCAAGGGGCAAGAUUUGCUUAAACGAGUGUGUGAGCACCUUAAUCUUUUGGAAGAAGACUAUUUUGGUCUAGCCAUUUGGGAUAACACAACCUCUAAGACAUGGCUGGAUUCUGCCAAAGAAAUAAAAAAACAAGUUCGUGGUGUCCCUUGGAAUUUCACAUUUAAUGUAAAAUUUUAUCCACCUGAUCCAGCACAGUUAACAGAAGAUAUAACAAGGUAUUAUUUAUGUCUUCAGCUCCGGCAGGACAUAGUUGCAGGACGCCUGCCCUGUUCCUUUGCAACCUUAGCAUUGUUGGGUUCUUACACCAUCCAGUCUGAGCUGGGAGACUAUGACCCAGAGCUCCAUGGGGCAGAUUAUGUCAGUGACUUUAAACUGGCCCCAAAUCAGACCAAGGAACUUGAAGAGAAGGUCACGGAACUACAUAAAUCAUACAGGUCCAUGACUCCAGCUCAGGCUGACUUGGAAUUUCUUGAGAAUGCCAAAAAGUUGUCAAUGUAUGGUGUUGACCUUCAUAAAGCAAAGGACCUAGAGGGAGUGGAUAUCAUUCUAGGUGUCUGCUCUAGUGGCCUUCUGGUUUACAAAGAUAAGCUGAGAAUUAACCGCUUUCCUUGGCCCAAAGUGCUGAAGAUUUCUUACAAACGUAGCAGCUUUUUCAUCAAGAUUCGACCUGGAGAGCAAGAACAGUAUGAAAGUACCAUUGGAUUCAAACUUCCCAGUUAUCGAGCAGCUAAGAAAUUAUGGAAAGUCUGUGUAGAGCACCACACAUUUUUCAGGCUGACAUCUACAGACACCAUUCCUAAAAGCAAAUUUCUUGCACUGGGAUCCAAGUUUCGAUAUAGCGGCCGAACUCAGGCUCAGACCAGGCAAUACAGUGCUCUGAUUGACAGGCCUGCCCCACACUUUGAGCGCACAGCGAGCAAACGGGCAUCCCGGAGCCUUGAUGGAGCAGCUGCUGAUUCAGCAGACCGAAGUCCUCGGCCCACAUCUGCACCAGCCAUUGCUCAGAGUCAGGUCACAGAAGGCAGUGUCCCAGGUGCACCUCUCAAAAAACCAGUGGCUUCUAAAACACCGAAGGAAACAGUGAAGGUUGAAGUAAAAAGGGAAGAAGUGCCACCUGAGCAAAUUGAGCCAGAGCUCACAGAAUCAUGGAAGAAAAAGAGAGAGAGACUAGAUGGUGAAAACAUUUAUAUCAGACAUAGCAAUUUAAUGUUGGAGGAUUUAGACAAAAGUCAAGAAGAAAUCAAAAAACAUCAUGCCAGCAUCAGUGAGCUGAAAAAGAACUUCAUGGAAUCUGUACCAGAACCACGGCCUAGUGAAUGGGAUAAGCGCUUAUCCACUCACUCCCCCUUCAGAACACUUAACAUCAACGGGCAAAUCCCCACAGGAGAAGGAAAUAUAAAUGGCAUUCGCACAGAGGAGGUGGCUGCUGUGGCCAAGGAGCCAUCUACCAACCUCAUCUCUGAAUGGGAGGGCCCCAAGCAGUCAGUAAUUCCUAGUAAGAACCAAAUGGCCACCCCAUCGGAGUCUCCACAAAGCACUGACUUUGGUUCCCUCUCCAUAAACAGCAAGGAGGCUGAACAGAAGGCGCAGGGGGCAGCUGGCUCUCUUGAUAUUAAGGAAAUGCCAAGAGACCCAAGAGGGGAAUGUAUAGGAGUGGAGGAACAGGCCAGUGCCUUAAAGUUCUCAGUAGCAUCAGCUUCCUCUCGGCUGCAACUUGAUGGAAAAAAGGCAGAGAGUAGUGAAGAACAUGUAACACCAGGAGAGCCUCUUGGAAAGCAAAAUGGAUUUCUUGACUCUUGUGUGGGUAACCAGUUCUCCACCCUCAUUCGAAGUUUCCAGCCUCCCCUGGUGAAGACUCAGACGGUCACCAUCUCAGAUACUGCCAAUGCUGUGAAAAGUGAAAUCCCAACCAAAGACGUCCCCAUUGUCCACACUGAGACCAAGACCAUCACUUAUGAGGCUGCCCAGGCUGAUGACAGCAAUGGGGAUUUGGACCCAGGAGUCUUGCUGACCGCUCAGACCAUCACCUCCGAGACCACAAGCAGCACCACCACAACUCAGAUUACCAAGACUGUGAAAGGUGGGAUUUCGGAGACCCGGAUUGAAAAGAGAAUUGUCAUCACAGGAGAUGCCGACAUUGACCAUGAUCAGGUGCUCGUCCAGGCCAUCAAGGAAGCAAAGGAGCAGCAUCCAGACAUGUCAGUGACUAAGGUGGUCGUCCAUCAGGAGACCGAGAUCUCUGAGGAAUGAGCUCAGGAACUAUCCUACCCCCAACUCCCUGCCCACCUCCUAUCCAAGAGAAAACCAGCAAAAUGAUAAAGAAAAAGCAAACCCGCUUCAGUAGGACUUCAGACUUUCAAGAUUAUUCAUCAGAAAAUUCUUUCAUUUUCUAUUUGGAGUUUAUAACAAGCAUCUUCUACAGAAUCUCAUUGAUCCUUUCUAAUACCUUUUCUACAUUGUGAUACCAGAAAUUGUUCAACUUUUCACUCUUUGACUGUUUUUAAAAUAGCUUUUUGGUUUUUAUGGGUGGUUUAUAACCCCAUUCAACCUAGCCUCUCCCCAUUUAUUCCAACCCAGAUACUGACAGAGUCCACCGAAUUCUUUGGGAAGUCCUCCAGAGACUCUGUCGGCUGUGUUGGGGGCCAAAGCCAGCUUAAUGGGGCUUCCCUGCUCCUUCCCUUCUUUUAAAUCCUUUGAAUGUCAGCAGAAACUUCAUAAACCAGCCCUGUCUCGGAGCCAGUGGUGUGACUUCACCAGAAUGUCCUGCGAGGCAACUGUCCUGAUCCAUAGAACCAGGAAAAUGUCCCUGACCCCUUGUUGAUGGUGGUUUUGGUGAGACAGAGACCUCUGCUAAGAAUGUAUUGUUUUUCCUCCCUCGCCUGUUCUUUGUGGAGCUUCUUUAGAACAAAGACGUGAGAAGUUGCUUCAGAUAGAUCUGAUACUGUGAAUGUUUGAACAUAUCUGUGGCCUUCACCCUCCUGCCCUCCCUCUUCAACUGCCCUCUUACCUCAUCAGAAGCAGUGGCUCUGCCAAGUGCUCCCCUCACCUUCCAUCUCAGGAGACCAAAACUCACGGAAAAAUAGGCACUUUUGGCCAAAAGCUGUAAUGGCACAUUUUAAAUAGUGAUUUGGGAAGGAAAGUUAAUGAGUUUUUUUUUAAACAGGUUUUCUAGUUUUGGAAAUGUGCUCUUCACAUGGGGGAAUGAGUGGAGUUUACCUCCGUCAGUUCCUGCUUAAAAGUAUUUCUAGGAGACCGUCCCUGGGCCUCUUGCGCUAAUCCCGGGUUACAGGGAGUGUGACUCACACGGUAGGGCGGACUCCUUUCUUCUCCUCACCAGCACCUGCCUGCAGGCACCCUUCUGGUUUUAGGGCCCACCCUCCCCACAAACCCCACAUGACGGAGAGCCUAAACACCAGCUCCCCUCAGUCCCUCUUGCUAUCUGAGGUCUGUCAGGUUUUAUAGGCUUGAUUUUUGUGGUGGAUUUUGGGUUUGAUUGUUUUAGUUUGGUUUGGUUUUGAAAAUGAUUACUGAUGCUCCUAGCCCACCAUUCCUGAUAAAGAUCUGGGGGCAUUUUGGCUCAAUAGGAUUUCUUUAAUCUUCUGGUCUCCCGUAAUCAGAUCUGCCCGGAAGUUCUUAAGAGCUUGAAUUCUAAGACCGAAGUGAACUUCACGAGAUAGAUGGUGGGUCACAGCCGGCAAUCACUGGGGGCCCAGGGGCAGUGAGCAAAAGAGAGAAAAGCCUGAAGCCUCUGUUCCCCACAGCGGGGGCCAGUGAUGUGUCCAGAGCCUCUACUGAUGGGGUUCUGUUUAGACAAACUCCAUUGGUUUGAACUGAUUUCAGGAAUGUGCGUUUCCUUAGAGCAAUUAUGUGAGACCGUGACUAACCAGCAGCAGCUCCCCCUGGGGAGAGGCAGGAGGAUUUGGGUGACUAUGUGACAGGCCUGGGGAAAGGAGAUCGCCCCAUCUCAGGAAUAGACUUACAGCCUGUGGGCAUAGGCUCUGAAAUGGGCCAUGAUGCCAGGAGCGGUGGCUAAGUUAAAAACCCAGCUCACACCAACAAGCAAAUCUGUGAGCUUGCUCCCCAACGCCAGCUGUCCUGCUGAAAGCCACUUGGCUCACAAAGCUGAAACCUAUGGGACAAAAAGGAUGGCAGACAGGAAGAGGACACAGCACAUCCACUGCUCUGGCAUGUGGAAUGUUCUGUAUGGUCCGGAUCAGGGGGUCUAGACUUUCCCUCAGCGUCACCAGCUCACUACACUUCUCCUCUGCACCCCCCCUGUCUAUAAAUUGGAUCAGGAGCUCUCUAAACACCCGCCCAGCACUGAGAGCUGAGGUUUGGACAGCCAGCAAGAGGGGUGUCCUUCCAAACUUCUUCCCCUUUUCUCCGUCUCUGUAACAGAUCUUGGGAGUUGGCAAUUGUGUGGAUUUUUUUCCUUCCUGCAAUUAUGUGUGUGUGAAGAAAAAUAGACUCUGUCCAGGUGGAUACAGUGAGGAGGGGAGAAGAGAGUUUCAUUUCCAGGGUUAGAGACUUGGCAGUAAUUUUCCAAGUGACUCAGACACACCACAGUAACAACUCUUGCUGCAAUUUUAUUUUUAUUCCACUUGAGAAAUAAAGAUUUCCUCCAAGCCACACGAGGUCUCUGCCACCCACCCACCCACCCAGCAGGAUUUAUAAGCUGAGGGCCACAGAGCCCAGUCAGGGCCUGUGGGCCCCUCCCAGAGGCUCCCCCACCCCAGUGUGCUGCGGAGCAGCUGCGGGCGAGGGGACAACAUCCACGAGGGAAGUGGAGCCAGAGCUCCAGCCUGGCCCACACCGAGGAAUGCUCCAGGAAACGCCUGCCAGGAGCUCAGCCCCAGCCUGGUUUUUACAAAUCUCUCUGAAAUGUAUUAUUUUGGUGACAAAAAUGAAGGAGCUUUGUAAAUUUUUUUAAAAAUUAUGAAUCAUAUCAAGUAGUUUACAUUUCUCGGCAAACUAGGAACAAUGGCAACAGAAUCGAAUUGGCAACAUCCUUAGAUUAAAUAGGCAAUAAUUAGGCCUGCUGUUUGGCCUUCGGUAGUAAGGAAAGUGGUUGUAGUGUUUAGUAUGUGUUUGGUCUUGCUUCUUGUAUUGCAUUUUUCAAUAAAUUUAAAAAAAAAUUGACUCUGGGAGGAU